AUGUCAAUUACAAGAAAACAAUUACCAGAAUUAAAAUCAAAUAUUGAUUCAUUAAUUAAUAAACUUACAACUUAUAAUGAAAAUGGUAAACCUCCAUUAGUUGCACCAGCUAUUUGUAUUGGAGUUAGUGAUGAUAAGCAAACCUUAUAUUUAAAUAGUAAAGGAGUACGUUCGUUAGAAGAUCCAGAAUCAACCAUUGAUAAUGAUUCAAUAUUUUCAUUAUUUUCAUGUACUAAAACCAUGACAGCAAUGGCAAUCUUAAUAUUGUAUGAACAAGGAAAAUUAUCACUUGAUUUACCAUGUUAUAAAUAUUUACCAGAAAUCGAAUUAAUUGGAAUUGUUGAUCCUGGUACUGUUAAUAAACAAGGUCAAUAUACCAAAUUACCAAGAAAACCUAAAGUACCAAUAACUAUUCGUCAUUUAUUAUUACAUUUAUCUGGAUUUUCAUAUGGAUUCAUAAAUGCUGAAUAUCAUAAAUUAAUUACCAAGGGAGAAAAGAUGGAUCCAAUUAAUCCUCCUCGAGAAUUUUUCAGUAAUAAAAAGACUCCAUUGGUUCAUGAACCAGGUAGUGAUUUUAUGUAUGGACAUAGUUAUGAAUGGUUAGGAUUUAUAGUCCAAGCUAUAUCAGGUAAACCUUUGGGUGAAUUCUUAAAAGAAUAUGUAUUUGAUCCAAUUGGAAUGACAAGUUGUACAUUCCAUUUAUUAGAUGAAAGUAAAUUAGUUAGAGUUCAUUAUAGAAAUACUGAUGAUUCAAUUAAAUUAAUGAAAAGAUUUCCAAUUCAUCCAAAUCCAAUAUUGGAUUUAGGAGGACAAGGAUGUUUAGGUACUGUUGGAGAUUAUCUUAAAUUAUUAAGAGUUUGGUUAAAUUAUGGAUAUAGUCCCGAUAGUGGGAAACGUAUUCUUAAUGAAUCAACUGUUAAAUGGGCGAUUGAAAAUCAUAUGCCUGGUCAUGUUAAUGUUGAAUUUCAAGGUAUGUCUCAUAAUGAAGAUGAAUCUUAUGUAAAAGAUGGUUGGUCGUUAACUGGGAAUGCAAUUAAUAUGAAUGAUUUAAAGAGUGGUAGACCUAAAGGGUGUUUAUAUUGGAGUGGGUUAGGUAAUUUAUAUUAUUGGCUAGAUUUCCACAAUAAAGUAUGUGGAUUAUAUGCUGGACAAUUAUUACCAUUUUUGGAUGAAUAUGCCUUUACUGGUUAUCAAGAAUUUGAAUCAUAUGUUUAUCAAGCGAUUAAUAAGUCAAAGAGGGAACAAGAACAACAAAACCCAACUGGUAAGUUGUAG